GCAGUCUUAUGAUACCAUCUCUACUGUUUACAAUAAGUUAAAACAAAUUUCAUUUCAAUCAAAUCCAAUGAUGCGACGCAAUUAUGAAUCCGACGACUCUGAUUUUGCUUCCGCAGUUGCUGCUUCUGCACAUGCAAUACAUAUACAUUCUCUUGGAGAAGUCACACCAAACCCUAAAAUUGCAAGACCAAAUACCAGAAAACAAGAGCCACAACAAGGAGGUUCUAUGAGAAAGGCAUCUAUGAAAGAAACUAGGAGUUCUUCAUCUUUUAAGCCUGCCAUUUCUAUUGCUGAUGAUAAAAGGCACAAGCAAACUUCAACGAUUCUUCGACAACCAGAUUCCAAAGCAGAUGCUUGGGAGAAGGCCCAAAUAGCCAAGAUUCGUAAACGGUAUGAGAAUUUGCAUAACGAGAUUAAAGCCUGGGAAAAUGAGAAGAAAUUGGGAGAGAAACAUCAGAUUGAAAGGAAGAAGGGAGAUUUGGAGCUCAGAAAAUCAAAAAACUUGAAACAUUACUACAACAAGAUAGCCAGGAUUGAUCAUAUAGCUCAGGGAACAAGAGCACGGGUCGAGGAGAAACGAAAACACGAAGAAUCCAUCGUGAAAGAUAAAGCUAGAAAAAUGAGAUCUACAGGAAAAGCUCCUGUGAGCUGCUUCUGCUUCUAACCAGAAAUGAUUUAUGUACAUACAGUUUCUAACCCUGAAUCCAACAAAUAUAGUUCAAGAAUAUUCGAAUAGAAUGAGACAUUCUUUUA